GUUUAGACUGGUCCCAGUGCUGGAAUUGAUACUAGAAUGUAUCGAGGAAACACUCAAACAAGAUGCCAAAACAGCUUCCGCAUCCCAGAACGCUUUCCGCAAGACGCUCGUGCAGGCAUUGAGAAAUGCUCAGAAGAGCUUAAAGCUCAUAAAUGGCAAGAACAUGUGGUUGUACUACACUUGCCCUGGGCCACAGAUGCCUCAGGCAUCUUCCUGCUGUCGUCUCCAUUACGAAGCGCUUAUCAACUAUCUGAUGGGCCCUGUUAAGCCACUAAAUCAGGUAGCAUAUCACGCACAAAACCGAAAGAUCAAUAUCACGGAAAAGACUCGUGACCACCUCCAGCAACUAAGAAUAUUGUACUGGAGACUUGAAAAGACUCGGAUUCUUGAUUUCGAGUUCAUAUCGUUGAAGCAGAAGUUUCGCCCAUUCCACUGCACCUUGGAAUCAGACAAUUGGAUGGAAAGCUGCUAUAUGAAGCGAAUAUCGAUUACGGUCUGUCCAUGGAGGAAUUUAUGAAGGCGAUAUCCUCGUAUGUAUCAGGUAAGCACGAAAUGAUGGUAACGAAUUUCCUAAGAUGCUAUGGUGGUCUCAAAACCAAAGGAGAGACGCCACUCCAGAUUAGGGACAAGAGUAUCUCAGUGAGCGGUCACGAUGCAGAGGAUAUGAAGAUACUGUCUUGGUUUACGACCCAAGAAAUGCAGUGUCUCCUCCGGAUCUUGGAAGGCUGUGAUAAGUUGAUACAAAACAAGAUCUCUCACAAGGCCCACAAGAAUUUCCAGCCGAUCAACGUCGGGGACAUUUGUAAAAAGCCGUUCUCUGGUCUCCCGGCACGAACCCUUGAGACGGUGCACGAAUUUCUGAGCGGAAGGGAAGGGCCUUGUGGAGAAUACCGUAACCAUACUGCUUCAUAUGACACUGAGGCGAUGGCAGCAAUAGUGAAAUAUCUCGUACAGCUGAAGUGAUGUUAAUUAAAUGAGAGUGCAAAACAAAUAAGCAAAAAGUCGACACCAGUGAGAUUCGAACUCACGCCCCCGAAGGGAAUGCCUAAGCUAAUACACAUAGUGAUAUAGCAGGGCAUCGCG